CCAAAAGUGGCUCGAGCAGCUACUACAUGAGCGGCAGCAGCACGUUGCCGAGGGGCGGUGCCCUGCUUCGCCCUUACAGUCCAGCCACAGGAGUGUUGCCGGGACCCAAUGUAACCGCUGGCCCACCGAAAGCACUCGGCACACCAGGUACAGGUGCGCCUCCGGCCAAGCCGCUGAGAAACUACCAUUGCAAGGCGCCGCCCCUUGGCAGUCUCGGCAGCUCGAGAAGCUACUCGCGCGACAGCACCGUCUCGCUUUAUAGCAUACCAGAUCGACUGCACGGUGAGAGCGGCUACAUGAGCAGCCCCGAGCGUGGCGGACCCGGUGGCGUCGUACCGGUAGGCGGCAGCGCCGCGAGCAACGGCCCUGGAUCCACAACGGGCAGCAGGUAUCCACCUGGCCCUUACAGCGCCGGCAGCAGCUACGAGGAUCCGUAUUACUCGCAAUACUCUGGUACCGUCACGCCUGUCAUCGACGAGGAAGCCAGCGAUACGGAGCUGUUGGAGGAAUCGUACAGUCUGUACGGGGUGAAACCGGCGGGGCGACCGCCAUCGGGCCCACCUCGCUCCCCAUUUGGGGCAGCGCCGCCCGGCGCCCCGCCGUCCACACUAUUACCCACCGGACAGCCCUACGACGCCACCCGAAUAAGAGUGGAGCACAUGGAAAGACAGCUGGCCAAUCUGACGGGGCUCGUGCAGAAAGCACUCACCCAGGCGCCACACCCCAGCCCAUCGCCGAGGGACUAUCUUCAGGUUCCUUCUUAUUCCCGGAGCGCAGGAGACGAGUUCGACAGGCAUUCUAGCUCCAGUUCAGCUUCGCUUUCGCCCGCACCGCCGCCGCCGCCUCCGCCAACUUCCGCGCCACCACCAGAUGACACCUAUUUAAGGAGCGACGUUAAGCCACCGAAGCUCGGCAAAGACAAGUCGGUGUCCUUCGAGAAGUCAGUGUCGUUCAGCGACGAGCCGCCGGAUAUGAAUUCGCCCAAGCAACACUCACCCCAGCAUACAGCGGACUCGAAACCCACCAAACCGGCAAUCAAAUCCUCGACUUUGCCGAGGAUGUCUUCGCAAGAGCGAGACAGCAGGCAUAAGCCAACUCCUCCGCCGAAACCAACGGCACUGGCACCAGGCCAGUACGUCUGCAGGGACCUCGCGCUCACACCCGAGAUGUACAAUCAGCUGAGAGGAUUGCAAAAGAAGGCCAAGGAUCUGCGCCAGGAGAUCAGGAAUCUCAGGCGAAUGUCACAGGCGCAGGCUCACACCGUGCGCGAGACUAUCCGGGACACAUUCAUCACCAUCAGGGCGAUGCUCUUGUCGAGUGGCGAUAACGCGUGGGCAAGCGGCGACGCAGAGAAAAUCAGAUUGAGUCGUGAGGAAGAUUUAUACAAGCAGGAGAUGUUGUGGCUGGAAAAAGACCUGACCGGACUGGAAAGUACGGUGGAGGAACUCCGAGGCAACGUGAUUAAUCGUAAAACGCGAGUCAAUAUGUCAGACGUGGAGAACAUGGCUCUGAUUCUCAGCAAAGCGAGCAAAACAGUGGCAGACUUGAAGGUGCGCUUCCCAAAUCUGCAGGAAGGCAUGAAAGGCCUGCUUAGCUCGGAGAUGGAGAAAGUUAUGAGAGAAGAGAAGUUUUUGAAAGAGGAGCCCGAUCGACUAGAGUCGGCGCUGAAACGCUGCAAAAAGUUAACCGGCACUCUCGUCACGCUCAAACGGCUAGCCUCGGUGCAGGAGCAGCGACUGCCGAACUCGGGCAGCGUCGACACCGAGGAGGCGCCGCCCAUCACGCCCACCUCGGCCCAACACUCCAAGGCCCCAGUGCCAGCGGAACGCUCUGUUGUGGGCGCAGCGCUCGUCUCUGGGGGAAGCCGCGAGCCUGCCGAACCACCACCACACGGCACCGGCGGUCAUACCCAGCGUCCGGAGAACGCACUCGACGCUCUGCUAGACGAGCUGCAGACCUUCAGCCGACCCGCGUCGCAGCUGUCGCACGCGUCGGCCACGGGCCCGCCGGCGGCCGGCCGACCGCCCAACAUGGCCGAGAUCGGGCGCAAGGGCAGCGUGGACUCGUCGUGCGCGGGCGGCCUGCUGGCGCCCGGGCCGGCGGGCCCGCUGCGCCGACUGCACUCCUACCCGUCCGGCUCCGACACCGACGGCUCGCCGCCGCUGGGCCCCAAGGACGACGGCCCCGCGCUGAGCAACGGCCCCGAGCUGGGCCCGGCGCCACCGAAGCCGCCCGUGCCCGAGCGCAACGCCGAGCUGCUGCAGCUGGCGAGCGCGCGGCGCAUGCCGCCGCCGCCGCCGCCGCGCACCAGCUCCCGCUCGCCGCUGGCCAGCCCCACCAGCCCGCAGCUGCCGCCGCGCGGCCGGCCCGCGGCGCCGCCCCUGGCGCGCGCGCUCUCCGAGAGCAACCACCGGCCGGCGCCCGCGGCCGAGCAGCCGCAGCUGCCCGCCAGCAACUCCAGCUCCUGCGAGAGCGUCAACUCGCAGGAGGGCCUGCAGAGCAAGCGCGAGCGCCAGGAGCAGCUGGAGCAGCGCCACCAGGAGCUGCUGCGCAAGCAGAAGGCGCUGCAGGAGCAGUACGCGCGGCUGCAGCUGCUGCAGCGCAACGCCUCGGGCGGCGCGGCCGGCGCGCCGCCCGCGCCGCCGGACCUGCUCAAGAAGACCGGCUCCGAGAGCAACCUGCUGGCCAAGAUGGGCCUGGGCCUGGCGGCCGCCGCCUCCGGCUCGCUCAGCAGCCUGGGCGGCGCCAGCCAGACGCUGCCGCGCAACAGCGGCGCGUCGGCGACGGCGCGCGCGCCCGGCACCGCCGAGCCGGCCGCCGUCAACGCCACCACCACCGCCAAGGUCUACGAGACGGACAUUCUGUGACCGCGGGCUGGCGAUGCUGGAGCCGCCGCCGUCGCCGCCGCCGCCGCCGCCGCCGCCGCCGGCGAUCCCGCCGGCCGCCCCGCUCGGCCGACCAACUACCUGCUGGUGUCGGGCGCCUAAGCGUGCUCGUCCAUCGUUCGGGGCCCAGCCGGUCGCUCGGCUUAGUAAAGCUCUAUCAAGCAGUAUUAUGAUGCGUGCGUCGAGACUGAACAAGGGCAGCGGUCGCUCGGCCGGUGCGCGCCGCGCCGAGUGCUCGCCUCCGGCGAGAUCGCGCGAGCUCACCGAUGACGUAGUCGCCGAUGCACUUUUAGAAAUGCAGUGCUCCAAACAAGCAAACCUAAAGCUAAUCACUCUGUAAUCAUUCAAAAUGAUGUAUUUCAUUAUGAUAAACGAAUAUUCAGGUUUAAACGGCAGUUUAAACGACAGUUGAUGCAAGGUGAAUCCUCAUUUCUGGCUGUUUGACUCGUAGCACCAAAGCGUCACCUACCACGUACACCAAGCACGUGAUGGCGCAUCGUCCUCCCGCAUCGAGGACGUUUACACGUUACAUUGAACACACACAUAUACAGCGACUCUCAUUCAGCACUCGUUUGGUUUGCGCGUUGAAUGUGGCGCAACGAGCAGCAAGUUUUGCGAGUAGAGGAGCUCCUUUUUAAUUGUGUGUCUGGUAAAGCAAAAAAACAAAAUGCAAAAUGUGCUGAUAUUUUCCAUGGCUUCGCGUUAGCAUGAUUUUUCGAUAUUUCGAUAACUUUUACACGGUUUCACGCAGCCAUCGGAAACAUUACCGAGAAGUCCGUCUAUAUAUGCACAUAUACACGUACACAUUCAUGUCACGUGAACUCAUGCAACUAUAAUAUUAAUUGUGACGCGCCUCGGACAGACGUAAUAAAUGUACGUCGUGGUGACGGUCGAAUUAUUUAUUCAAUUAUAGACAGGGAUAAUCGUCGAGCAAUUCCGCUUAGCGGAACGUGAAACAGCGCAGAGAAAUAAUUAACGAUGCAAGUGCCGAUUUUAUGAACAAUGUAUUUAACUCAUAGGGAUAUUAUACGCAUGUCGAAAUGAAGAUCUUUUUUACACGCGACGGUAAACUUGUCAGAGAAAAAAAUGCAACGGGUCAUUAACCGACUUAACUGAUUAGUCACAGUCAUAAUCAAUGCACGCACACACACACACACACGCGCGCGCGUAAACAAAUAGACAAGCUUGCUAGAAUUUUCGGAGAAAAAAAGCAACGUAAUUAUAAAUUGUAGUCUUAGUUAUCAAGAUUGCAACGUAUCGUUGAAUAUCUUUGACGAACAAAAAAGAAUGUGCUAUUCAUUAAGCUUCUCGACAAAAUUUACGCUAAGGUUUGCUUAUCUCAUCGAUCUAUUUGAAAAAAGUAACAGAGUUUUUGCAAAAUGUUAAACGAUAUUAUUGUAUAACAAAUCUUAUAAACAUGUGUUUUAAAGAAAUUUUUCAAAAUGAUAAUGUACACAUUUUCUUGACUAUUUGGGUGCCGCAAAACCAAAUGUAUCGUGCUUAUAUCCCUUUAUAUCAUAUAUUUGCUGCGCUAGUAAUCUUACAUCUUGUGUUUCUAUUUUGAACGAAAAAAGUCUUAGAUAUUUACAUUGUUAAUGUAUAUACAUAAGUUGUUAUACAUCUUACGAUGAAAAUAAAAAAAUGGAUUUUAUAUAUAAUUAGAUAAAGGCUAAAAAAAGUGAUGCAUGCAAUUUUUAUUACAAAAAAGAAGACCUUAAGACUCAACUUGACAAACUAACAAUCAUAUGAAUGCCAAAAUAUAAAGUUUAUAAAAAUGUAUAACAAAUAAAUAAAAAGUAAAUUGUGAGAAGAAUUUCGUAAAUGUUACUGGCAAACUGAACUAGAAUUUAGGUUCAGACUUUCUUAACUUGAUGCGGCAAAACAUUUAUACAUCACAAAAUAGCAAUGCACUCCUUUGUAUACCUUUAUAAUAUAUCGUACACAGGCUCGAAACCGGAAUUUCCAAAGUAGAGGAUCCAACGCAGGCGUAUAAAUAUAUGCCGAUCGACAAUUUUGUUAUUUGUUAUAUGUACAUAUAUGUGUGUAUACAGUCAAUUUUAACUCGGUGUGUAUAAUGUGUACUUAUAAUGAAAAUGGCGGUGAUCUCGGGCACACAUUUACUGUUUCAUCCAGAGCGUUGAUUUUUCACUAAGUGGCUAUAUAUUCACGUAUACCGUAGACUUUUAUAAAGUUGUAGCUCAGUUGAAAUCCAACCAAAGAAUUUUUUCAAUUCAAUUUAUGCAGAUACAUGGUUGUAUAGAUUGAUAAGUCAUAUUCAUUUCAAUAAUUGUAACGCCUUUCUUCAAUAUGAUUCAACGAACAUUACGUCAAUCCUUGAAUAAUUCAUUCUGUUUUUUUUCACCUCUGUUAAUUAAUUGCGGUAGCGCAACUUUCACAAAGGAAAACAACUUAUCCGUCUGUACUUUAUAAUUUACAUUGUGAUUCGGUGCCAAAAUCUGAUAACGAAGCCACGCGUGCCAAUGUUAGCGCAUAGAACAGACACACCCACACAGAAAAGAUAGACUCUUCAGCCAGUAGAGCUCUAGAGUUUAUAGAAUGAAAGUGGCCCUUAGUAGCUUCGUUUCAACACAUCGGUCUAAUAAUUAGUCUUUUUGCCUACGAAUAAUAUACAUUGACUGUACAUGCAUAUGUACAUAUAUACACAUUCGCUCAUAUGUAGUACAAGAAACAAGCAUACUGCGCUGGAGUAUGGAUACCUUUUUUAUGUAAAUAUAUAUUUGAGGUUUUCGGCAAAUGAUAACUUUUUUAUGAUUUAUCGAGUAAAUUUGAAAUAUUUUUACUACUGAUUACCGAGAAAAAAAAGAAGAAGAAAAAUAACGAUAUAUCCCUCCGCAGUCUUUUUCGAUACAAAGCCGUUAUUGGCUUGGAUUUACACGCCCACGAAUGUGACUUGGAGAGUUAAGAAAAAAGAUAAAAAAAAAAACCUUUUGACACUCGCAGUUAAAGAAGUUAAUACAUGAGCUGCGAAUAAAAUGGAAAAAGUCUUUGAUAUAAACUUUAUAAUUAAUCCAAUUAGUGUCGGGAGAUAAAUUUGGUAAAAAGAAGAGUUUGCGAUAGCUGUAUGGAGGCGUGGGCGAAAAAAUAAUCAGUCGGCUGUCGCGCAGUACUAUGUCGUCUGAAUGAUGAGUCUGUUCCUCGUCGAGGCUUGUGCAGCUGCUGAGGAGCCCCUGGAUCAUUUCACUCCAUCCCUCCCACGCUGCCCCCUCCCCCCCCCCUAAACUAUCUCUCAAUCAUGCGCGUAUUAUUAAAUGUAAAUACCCGUCGUCUAUCGAGAAACAAAGAAGAAGAAACUGUUUUCACGGCCAAGCGCAAUCCACACGAGACUAUUAGCACACACACGCACACUCACAUAUACAUCCAACACAUGCAAGCCAUCGUCACUAUCUACGCUAAGUUUCUCAUGUCGUUAUUAUACGAUUACUACUACUGCUACUAUCAUUAAUAAAUAUACUAUGACUAUUGCUACUAUUAUCAUCAAUUAUAAUUAUCUAGUGUAAUGUUUCCCGAUGGUCCUGUACGCCAAACUGAAUUGACUUGUUACAUUUGUAAAUGUUUGUAAGUAAUAUAAAAUAAAAUGAUUAAAUAACAAUAAAUAAUAAUAAAAUAAUUGAGGCGUCAUUGUUAAU